AUGGCAGUGAGGCCCCGGGUGGUCCAACAGCCCUUGGCCUUCACCACAGCUCUCCUCUCCUGCAGGGGCUAUUUGAUCACGGCGCCCUCUGUCUUCCGCUCGGGGGUGGAGGAAGUCAUCAGCGUGACCAUCUUUAACUCCCCAAGGGAAGUCGUGGUCCAGGCUCAGUUGGUGGCCCAGGGCGAGGCAGUGGCAUGGAGCCAGGGAGCCAUGCUGGAUAAAGGAACAAUCAAACUCAAGGUGCCCGCGGGCCUCCGGGGCCAGGCCCUCCUGAAGGUGUGGGGCCGGAGCCGGCAGGAAGAGGAGGGCGCCCUCUUCCACAACCAGACCUCCGUGACCGUGGACGCCCGGGGAGCCUCCGUGUUCAUCCAGACCGACAAGCCGGUGUACCGGCCCCAGCACCGAGUGCUCAUCAGCGUCUUCACCGUCACCCCAGACCUGAGGCCCAUCAGUGAGAAGCUGGAAGCCUACAUCCUGGACCCCCGGGGGUCAAGGAUGAUGGAGUGGAGGCACGUGGAACCAGUCUGCUGUGGCAUCACCAACUUGACCUUCCCAUUAUCCGACCAGCCGGUGCUGGGAGAAUGGUUCAUUUUUGUUGAAAUGCAAGGCCACGUAUACAACAAGUCCUUUGAAGUUCAGAAGUAUGCGCUGCCCAAGUUUGAGCUCCUUAUUGACCCGCCCCGCUACAUCCGGGAUGUGGACGCCUGCGAGACUGGCACUGUGCAGGCCAGGUAUACCUUUGGGAAGCCCGUCUCCGGAACCUUAACAAUCAACAUGACCGUGAAUGGUGUGGGGUACUAUAGCCAGGAGAUGGGGUGCCCCGUCCUCAGGACCAUGAAGAUUCACGGCUCCCAGGACUUUCACAUCUGCGUGAGGGACAUGAUCCCGACUGUCAUCCCUGAGCACUUCCGGGGCACAGUCAGCAUCUGGGCCUCUGUGACCACCACGGAUGGGAGCCAGCAAGUGGCCUUUGACGAUUCCACCCCCGUCCAGAAGCAGCUGGUGGACAUCCGCUACUCCAAGGCCACCAGGAAGCAGUUCAAGCCGGGUCUGUCCUACGUGGGGAUGGUGGAGCUGACCUACCCAGAUGGCAGCCCGGCCGAGGGGGUGACGGUCCAGAUCAGGGCAGAGCUGACCCCAAAGGACAACAUCUACACCACGGAAUCCGUAUCCCAGGGAGGGCUGGUGACGUUUGAAAUCCCCUCCAUCCCCUCAUCUGCCCAGCAUGUGUGGCUGGAGGCCAAGGUGACGGCACUCAAUGGAAAGCCUGUGGGGACCCAGUACCUGCCCAGCUACCUGUCUCUCAGCAGCUGGUACUCCCCAAGCCAGUGCUACCUGCAGCUGCAGCCGCCCGCCCGCCCCCUGCAGGUUGGGGAAGAAGCCCGUUUUUCCGUGACGUCCACGUGUGCCUGCAAUCUCACCCUGCACUACGAGGUGGCCGCACGGGGCAACAUCGUGCUCUCUGGCCAGCAGCCUGCCCGCGUCACCCAGCAGAGAAGCAGGCGGGCAGCCCUGGAGAAGCCGAUUCGCUUAACACACCUUUCGGAGACAGAGCCCCCGCCAGCCCCAGCAGCUGAGCUCAGUGUAUGCAUGACCUCUCUCCAACUGGCCGUGACCCCCAGCAUGGUCCCCCUCGGCCGCCUGCUGGUCUUCUAUGUCAGGGAGAAUGGAGAAGGGGUUGCCGACAGCGUCCAGUUCACUGUGGAGACUUUCUUUGAAAACCAGGUUUCACUGACGUAUUCGGUGAAUGAGACCCAGCCCGGGGAGGUUGUGGACCUGCGGGUCAAGGCUGCCAGGGGCAGCUGCAUGUGUGUCGCCGUGGUUGAUAAGAGCGUCUACCUGCUGAGGUCUGGUUUCCGGCUGACUCCCGCCCAGGUUUUCCGGGAACUGGAAGAUUACGACGUGUCUGAUGCCCUCAGGGUGUCGUGGGAGGACGGACCCCUCUGGUGGGCUGGGCUGGCCGCCCGCCGCCGCCGGCGCUCCUUCGUCUUCCCCUGGCUCUGGGGCGUCACCAAGGACUCCGGGUUUGCCUUUGCCGAAACAGGGCUGGUGGUGAUGACUGACCUGGUGAGCCUGAACCACCGGCAGGAUGGUGGCCUAUACACCGACGAGGCUGUCCACACCUUCCAACCCCACACAGGGAGCCUGAUGGCCGUGGCAUCCUCCAGGCAGCCUCCCAGGUUCGCAGGCACUGCGGGGCCUGGCGGGCAGUGUGGCCUCUGCAAGCUGCAGCCUGGGGUGUCUGGCUGCCCCGCGAGGCCCAGCUGGGUCAGGCUCCGGACGUGGACAGAGGUGGACGGGCAGCCUGGCCCCGGAGAAGGGCCCACAGGUUGUCCGUCUUUCCGCAGCGACCCGUCUGGCGAGGAGACGUUCCGUGUGCAGGUCCCCGACUCCAUCACCAGCUGGGUGGGCGAGGCUGUGGGUCUGUCCUCGGCGUGGGGCCUGGGCAUCGCCACGCCCUCCUUGCUGAAGACCUUCAAGCCCUUCUUUGUGGACUUCACGCUGCCCCCCCAGGUGGUCCGCGGGGAGCAGGUCAAGAUCCCGCUCAGCAUCUACAACUACAUGGGCACCUGCGCUGAGGUGUACGUGAAGAUCUCCGUUCCCAAGGGCACCCGGUUUGUCGGGCAUCCCGGCAAACGUCAUCUGACCAAGAAGCUGUGCGUGGCCUCUGGGGAGACGGAGCCCAUCUGGGUGGUCCUGUCCUUCAGCGACCUGGGGCUCAGCAACAUCACAGCCAAAGUCCUGGCUUACGGAGAAACAAGCUGCUGCCGGGACGGGAAGCCCAGCAAACAGGCCGAGGAGAGCUACGCUGACGGGAGGGUCCCCGCCGGGAGGGACCACGUCCGGCGCAGCGUGAUCGUGGAGCCCGAAGGAGCUCCCCGCACGUACACCUACAGUGCUUUCUUCUGUCCCAACGAGAGAGUUCAUAUCUCCACGCCCAACAAGUACGAGUUCCAGUACGUGCAGCGGCCACAGCGCCUCACGCGUUUCGACCUGGCCGUGCGAGCCCACAACGACGCCCGCGUGGCCUUGUCCCCCGGGCCCCAAGACACCGCAGAGAUGGUUGAGAUCGUCCUAGGGGGACACCAGAACACCAGGUCCUGGAUCUCCACCAGCAAGAUGGGCGAGCCCGUGGCCGGCACACACACGGCCAAGAUCCUCUCCUGGGAUGAGUUCCGAACGUUUUGGAUCAGCUGGCACGGCGGGCUCAUCGAGGUUGGGUACGGCCCAGAGCCAUCCAACGAGUCUGUCAUCAUGACCUGGACCCUCCCCAAGGCCCCAGAUGUGCAGUUCAUUGGCUUCUCCACCGGCUGGGGCUCCGUGGGCGAGUUCCGCAUCUGGAGGAAGAUGGAGGCGGAUGAGAGCUACAGCGAGGCCUUCACCCUGGGGGUCCCACCCAGCGCCAUCCCUGGCUCGGAGCGGGCGGCCGCUUCCCUCAUAGGAGACGUCAUGGGGCCCACCCUGAGCCACCUCAGCAGCCUCCUGCGGCUGCCCUUUGGCUGCGGAGAGCAAAACAUGAUCCACUUUGCGCCCAAUGUCUUUGUCCUGAAGUAUCUUCAGAAAACCCGGCAGCUCAGCCCCGAAGUGGAAAGGGAGACCACUGAUCACCUGGUACAAGGCUACCAGCGGCAGCUGACCUAUAAGCACCGAGAUGGCGCCUACAGUGCUUUCGGGGAGCGGGACGCCUCAGGGAGCAUGUGGCUCACAGCCUUUGUCCUGAAGUCCUUUGCCCAGGCGCGAAGCUUCAUCUUCAUUGACCCCCGGGAGCUGGCGGCCGCCAAGGGCUGGAUCAUGCGGCAGCAGCAGGUGGACGGCUCCUUCCCAGCCACAGGCAGGAUUCUGAACAAGGACAUCCAGGGCGGGAUCCAUGGCGCAGUCCCGCUGACGGCCUAUGUGGUGGCUGCACUUCUGGAGACGGAUGUGGCCUCGGAGGAGGAGAGGGGUGCCAUUGCCAGAGCGCGGCACUUCCUGGAGUCCAGCGUGGCCCUGGCCUCGGACCCCUACACCAGCUCCCUGACUGCCUACGCGCUGACCCUGCUCCGCAGCCCGGCAGCCGCCGUGGCCCUGCGGAAGCUCCACGGCCUGGCCAUCACGCAGGACGGGGUCACCCACUGGAGCCUGACGGGUUCCCAGGAUCGGGGCAAGGACACCUUCCUGAGCUUCAGCGACGGGGCACCCCAGGCAGUGGUCUCGGCGGAUGUGGAGAUGACUGCCUACGCCCUGCUGACCUACACCCUCCUGGGCGACGUGGCCGCAGCCCUGCCCGUGGUGAAGUGGCUGUCCCAGCAGCGGAACGCCCUGGGGGGCUUCUCCUCCACUCAGGACACCUGUGUGGCUCUGCAGGCCUUGGCAGAGUAUGCCAUCCUGUCCUACGCUGGCAGCGUCAACCUCACCGUCUCACUGGCCUCCACCAACCUGGACUACCAGGAGACCUUCGAGCUGCACAGGGCCAACCAGAAGGUCCUGCAGACGGCCGUGAUCCCCAGCCUCCCCACCGGGCUGUUUGUGAGUGCCAAGGGUGAAGGCUGCUGCCUGAUGCAGAUUGAUGUCAGCUACAAUGUGCCAGACCCAGUGGCCAAGCCGUCCUUCCAGCUGUUCGUGAACCUCCGGGAGCCCGAGGCUGAGCGGCCCCGGCCCCCGGCACCAGCACCCUCAGCUGACGAUGACGACCCAGCAGCCGACCUGCAUCACCAGGAGUACCAGGUGACCCUGGAGGUGUGCACCAGGUGGCUGCAUGCAGGGUCCUCCAACAUGGCUGUCCUGGAGGUGCCCUUGCUGUCGGGAUUGCGGGCGGACGUGGAGAGCCUGGAGCAGCUGCUCCGGAGCCAGCAUGUGGCACUGAAGAGGUACGAGGUGGCCGGACGCAGAGUUCUCUUCUACUUUGACGAGGUACUUCCCGCCCUCCCCCACCGGGUGGUGGGCAGAGGCCUCCUCAGCACCCACAUUGCGGAGGGCACAGCGGUCAUGGUCCAGUGUGAUUCCUCCAGCUAUCUCAUACCAUGA